UUUGAGGAAACAUAUACGGUGUUACAGAGCCAAAAGAUCUUUUUGAUAGUGUGGCCCCGCCUCCCGGUGUGAUACCAACCUGAACUGAAAGUAGGAAUGUUCAUGAAGAGCUGCGAACUCCAACGGGGAACAAGCUGACUGGAGCUCUCUGCUGUUCGGACUCGCCAAGACUCUUCUUGACAGUCAAGUUGUUGCAACUCAUCACGUUCUUCAGUGGCAAUCCGUCAAGGACAGAUGGCUGAACAGAUCCUGCAUCUGCUCCCCUCCAGAAGUUUGUGAUGAAGUUGAUAAAUCUUGAUUCAAUUCUCAAGCUGUUGUUUAAAGCAACAUGGAGUCUGAAAGAGGACUGAGCAGCAGAUGACCGGCCAGAAAGGGGUCAGUGAUGGAGGAUCUGCCAGUGAAAAGUGGAGGAACUGGCGCAACAGGUGGACAAGAGGAGGAUUCUCCUUUCUAGGAUGGUCAGAGACAAUCUUGAUAGAACAGUAGUACCGAGCAGAAAACAGAACAGCGCAGCGGAGACGCAGAACCAAAGUCGACCCCCCGAGGAACCUGCAGGACCAGAACGAGUCCAGAGCCCAGAGAGAGUUCAACCAGAGAGCCAAGAGCCCACAGAGAGUCAGCUAGCUCUACUGCACUGGAAACCACUGAACUUACAUGAAGAACCUGAAACCUGGAGCCAGCAGCCAAUCACUGGAGCUGAUGCUGAGAGUUUCCCCACGCACCUCCGUCCAUUCAGCAGCGCAGCAGAGUACAAACUAGUGAAACACACCUACCAGCAGCUCCAACACAGUGGUUACUACUGGGGAUCGAUGACCAUGGAUCAGGCACACAAAAUACUCACAUGGGCACAGCUGGGUACCUUCCUCAUCAGAGACAGCGGCCAGCCAGAUGUUUUCUUCACUCUGAGUUACCAAAGCGACGACGGCCCGACCAGUGUUCGCGUCCAGCUGAACAACCUGCUCUUCAGUCUGUGCGGCAGCCACAGGACUUUUGCGUCACUUUUCGCUCUGCUCACUUAUUACACCGGCUCAUCCUGUAAACUGACAUUGCCCUAUCGCAAGCAGCGACCGGAGCGCCUGAAGCAGAUGUGCAGGAGGGCUCUCAUGGGCUCAUAUGGAGCAGAAAAUAUAAGCACCUUAUCUGGACUCAGCACUCAAGUCAAAGACUAUGUUCAUGCGUACCCUUGUUGUAUAUAGACGCCUGUGUGGACAGAGUGUCUGUCGCUGUAUCAAGAUGUUGAUUGUAUUCUAAGUUAAAGAAAUAUUCUGUUGUGUUAUUUUUAUUUUUAUAAAUAUCACAAUGACAGCUUGAGUAUUUGAUCUGCAAGUUGUUGAAGGCUUAUUUGCACACAUUAUCAUUAUGUUUUACAGAAUACCCAUGGUACACGUUAUCGUUUUCUGAUAAAUAACCACAAAUAUAUCCUGUAUAGCAGCUGCAUCACUGCCGACAUGAUAUGUAUCAGUUGUAACAUCUGCUGCUGUUUGAAGCUGCAUUAAUUGAUAGUUGGCCAAGAAGGGGGGAGCAUCAAAAGAAGCUGACAUAUCACCAGCUCAUCAUGUUAUGGUUGAAAUAAUAGCAAACAGUUAUUUGUUUCUAGCCAUUAAGGAAUAAGAGUCUAAUGUUUUCUCUUCUUUUACUCUGUUUUGAAUAGAAGCCUUGAGCCGCCGUGAUUGCAAUUAUGUUUUUAAUCCUGUUAUCUCGAGAUUGGGAAUUAAUUAUCUCGUUAUCUCAGGACAAAAGAGUUGUUUUCUGGUCACAACGGGUUAAUUAUCUCAUUAUCUUGGGAAAACACUAGGUCUGUUUCUCUGGAUAAUUGGAUAAAUACCCAAUAUUCAUGAGAAAGCAACAGGUUGUUUUCUUGAGAUAAGUUAUGGAUGAACACUAAAAUGAUUAAUCCAGCUAAUGUGCAUGUCUCAUUCAGUAUUUGGUCAACAAUAUCAACAGGAUUACUGAAAUAUAUCUGAAGAUUUAGUUUCUCUAAAUAAGUAACGCCCCUUUCACAUGACAUAGCCAUUUGAUUCAGUUCUUACAUUGAUUAAUGCAGUUUUAAAACCAAUAAACUAUUCAGCAUUUGAACUCAGUUAACAUGUGUAAUUACUUUCUUCAGUCCUAUGGAACAACAGACAAUUGUACAAAAGUGUGACGCUUUGCAAAAUGUUGUUCAUGUUGAAUGAAUUAAAAUAUUAAGUUGACAAACUAUAAUGCAUGUGAACCCAAGGCUGAACUGCUGACCAGGCAAAGCAGGAAACUUCCCCUGGAAUAAAAUCCUGCUAAACAUCAGCCUGAUAAUAUUUCCACUGUGUUAGCAUGCUGACAUUAGCACUGAGCUCAAAGCACCGCUAUUCCUAUAUACAGCCUCAUAGAGCAGCU